GUCCAUGCCCAACAAUCUCCUCUCGCAGCGCAUCCCCACGGCUGUUGCCAGCCUGCCCCAUCUGGACUAUGUGAACCUAGCCAACAAUGCCCUCUCCGGAGAAAUACCCGUGUUCUCAGACACGGUCGAUCUCCUACACGUCCCCCGGAACCUCCACACCGGCAGCCUCCCCCGCCUCCCCCUCCUCAUCACCUCCCUCUCCGUUGCCAACAACUUCCUCACGGGGCCCCUUCCAAACGUCUUCCCUCCGCAACUAAAGGUUCUCGACCUCCGAAGGAACUAUUUUGUAGGGCGUGUCAACUCUCGUUCGCGUGUCAACUCUCGUUCGCGCAUCAACUCACGUUCGCGCGUCAGCAUGCAGAAGUGGCUGGGCGAGCUCCCCGAGGAGCGCCGGUCGCAGAUCUUCAGCGGCGUCGCGGGCGCCGGUGCAGGCGCCAUAGCCGCCACGUUCGUCGCGCCGCUCGAUGUCGUCAAAACGCGGCUCCAAGUGCAGUCAAUCCCUCGCUCCCAGCCACAACCGGCUGCCGGCAGCUCUACCGGCCAAACAGCCGGCAGCUUAACGGCCGCGGCCCAACUCAACCAACACUCCAACCCUACCCCAGCCCAACCCUCAAACCGCGCAAGCGGUAACCUGGGCCCUGGCGCUUCCGCUUCCCCAUCCCCCUCCUCGCACGCGCAAGCGACGGUUCCCCCCUGCAGCUCCGCCAAUCCCGCCUCCCCCUCUCUUCAGUCAUGGGGGCCUCGUUCCUCCGCCGCAUCUGUCCCCGUUAUGAGCAGCCUCGCUGCAAGAAACGGGCUGUCUAUUGCGCGCGCAGGGAUAGGCAGGCAAGCGGGCGCGGGACACGAAGCCUCCGCCUGCGCCACGUCCGGAGGCCCGCAUUCCCGCCCCCCUGGCUCCCCGCACUCCCCCGGGCCUCCGCUUCCCCCUCGGGGAAAUGCAGCGGGGAGCGGGGCGGGCGCAGCAGGGGUGCAUGCGCGCGCGGGGAAGGGGGGGGGCGCAAAGGCGGGGGUGAUUGCGACGACUCUGCGCGCCAUCUGGCGGGAGGAGGGCAUCCGCGGACUGUACAGGGGGCUCUGCCCCUCCGUCGUGGCGCUGCUGCCGAACUGGGCGGUGUACUUUUCAGUGUACGACCAUCUGAAGAAGAUGCUCAGUGCACCCGACUCCCAUUUCCCCGGCAGCAGCACCAGCAGCAGCAGCAGCAGCACAGGGAGGGGAUGCACAGGGGAGGGCUGCACUGGUAGUACCAGCAACAGCAGCACUGGCAGCACCUCUGGUGUUAGCUGCACGGAAGUGCGCUGUACAGGGGACUGCACUGGAGUCUCCUUCCCCCCCUCUUCCCCUCCCCCGCCGCCUCUCCUCACCAGCGUUACAGCAGCAGCGGGUGCCGGUGCCGCCACUGCCAUUGUCACCAACCCCCUCUGGGUCGUCAAAACCCGCCUGCAGACCCAGGGCCUUCGCCCCCACCGCCUGCCCUAUAAGGGAACGGUGUCGGCACUGGUGCGCAUAUUCAGAGAGGAGGGUGUCGCAGGGCUGUACAGUGGGGUGGUACCAGCGCUGGCAGGGGUGAGCCACGUGGCCAUCCAGUUCCCCCUCUACGAGCACCUCAAGCAGACCAUGGCGGAGAGAGCAAACACAAGUGUCGAUAAGCUAUCGCCCAUCGAUCUCGCUCUGGCGUCUGCAGCCUCGAAAGUCGUGGCUUCCACUCUCACGUACCCUCAUGAGGUCGUGCGGUCGCGACUGCAGGAGCAAGGCCGACUAAACGCAGCAGCGGGAGCAGACGGCACAGUGCCCCGCUAUCUUGGUGUCAUAGAUUGCAUCCAAAAGAUUAUCAAGUACGAAGGCGCGCAAACCCCCCUCCCCCACAACACCCUCCCCAUCCCCUCACUCCACUUCCCCACCAACAGUUCCAUGCCCCUGUCUGCUCCCCACCCACCCCUUUCCUUCCCACCCCUUUCCUUUCCACCCCUUUCCUUUCCCCUUCCACGGUUCUGUUCGUUUCUUUCUGCUUCCUCGAUUCUUCCGUGCAUUUGUUAUUUCUGUGAAGUGCGGUCUCAGUCAGCUUGGCAAGCACACGGGGCACCCUCUUUUUCAACCAGUGGCCUGUUCGAACCGCUUUUUUCAUCGAGUACGAGCCGAUUAUUUGAACAACGCAGCUGUCGCCAGAGCAUGGAUCUUGAACAACGGUAUGGGGAGAAAAGACCUUUUGAAGAAGGGAACGGGGAAAGUCAAUCUCCCGAAAAAAGGCAUCGAGGACCAACGAUAGCUAAUGUCGUUGUGGAGACGGUUAAGAUGGACAAUUUGGCGAAGUUGUGCACCGUUUUGGAGCCGCUGCUUCGACGCGUGGUAUCUGAAGAAAUUCAAAAAGCGUUUGCAACCUACCAGCCGUCAUCCAGCUCUAAUCCGCCUUUACGCAGUCUCGAAGCUCCUAAACGACUAUCAGCCAAUGGCGUCAAGCGUGACCUGCGGCUACAAUUCCGCAACAAGUUGGCACUUCCUUUGUUCACUGGAGGGAAGGUGGAGGGCGAAGGGAAUGAGCCAAUCCGAGUGUUUCUUCAAGACGGAGACACAGGUGCUGUGGUUACCACAGGACCAGAGGCCAAUCUGAAGCUUGAAGUUGUGGUGCUUGAAGGUGAUUUCAGCAGAGACGAUGAGGAUGAUUGGCUACCAGGAGAAUUUGACCAGUUUUUGGUGAAAGAGAGAGAUGGUAAAAGGCCGCUUUUGACUGGCGAGACAUUUGUAGUUCUCAAGGACGGGCUUGGGGUCAUGGGCGAGAUCACGUUUACAGACAACUCGAGUUGGAUCCGGAGUCGCAAGUUUAGGCUGGGAGUGAGAGUGUCGCCAGGCCAGGUUGGGGAGAGCAGGGUACGAGAAGGGAAGACAGAGGCGUUCACAGUGAAGGAUCACCGUGGAGAAUUGUACAAGAAGCACUACCCACCUGCUUUGACAGACGAAGUGUGGCGGUUGGAUCGCAUAGGCAAGGAUGGAGCCUUCCACAAGCGCUUGAAUCAGGCUGGAAUUUUCACAGUAGAGGAUUUCCUACGGCUCGUUGUCAUGGACCCACAAAAACUACGAAAUAUUCUUGGAUCGGGCAUGUCAAACAAAAUGUGGGAGAACACAGUGGAGCACGCAAAGACGUGUGUGCUGAACGGCAAGCUGCAUGUGUAUUAUGCGGAUGACAAGCAGAACAUUGGCGUCAUCUUCAACAACAUCUUCCAGCUCAUGGGCCUCAUUGCAGACAGCCAGUACAUGUCUGUGGAUCUUCUUUCCGAGAGUGAGAAGAUUUAUGUGGAUAAGCUGGUCAAGGUUGCGUACGAGAACUGGGAGAAUGUUGUGGAGUAUGAUGGGGAGGCUCUUAUAGGGGUUACUGAUUCCCUGGUUGUACAGAAUGUGAUCACUGACGAAGCCCUGGCUCCCCUUGCUGCCUGCCACCACCUCACCUCUCUCAGCACUCGUGGCUGCAACCGCCUCUCUGCUGCUGCUCUCUCGCACGUGGCCAAUCUACCCUCCCUCACCCGCCUGAACCUGGAGAUGUGCGGAUUGCUAAAGGGGGGGAUGCGCCACCUUACAGGACUUUCUUCUCUUCGGAUCUUGAACGUGGGCUGGUGCACGUCCCUGGACAAUGACGACAUGGCAGACAUAGCCUGCCUCUCCUCGCUGCACUCCCUAAACGUCUCCCGCUGCAAGAUUACAGACGUGGGCCUGACGGCUCUGCUCCAAGCUCUCUCCUCCCUCACCAGUCUCAGCAUGGCUGGCUGUCAGCAUGUGACAGACCCUGCCUUCUCUCUCAUCUCGGGUGUUCACGGGCUGACUGAGCUCAACGUGGAGUGGUGUGCGUUGCUCACUAACACAGGCCUGAAGCACCUGCAAGCUCUCGCAUGUCUCACGUCGCUCAACCUGGCCUACACCCGCUUUGGCGUCAUCGACACGCCGCGCAACAGAAGCAUGCAGAGUGCUCCUUCCUUCAUCUCCUCGUUGCGAUCUCUCCGCCACCUCAACCUCGACUCAUCACGGGUCAACGAUCUCGCUAUGGCAGAGCUUGCAGGUCUGACUGCCCUGGAGAGCCUUGAUCUAUCGGACUCCACAGUGGGGGAUGCAGGAAUUCGCAGCGUCUCUGCCAUGACUCGUCUUUCCACUCUCAACCUGAGCUACUGCAGCGUCACUGACAGUGGUGUGACCAGCAUCGCUCAUCUCUCCGCCCUCACCUCUCUCUCACUCGACACUCGCUCCAUCACUGACGCUGGCCUGAAACGGCUGUCAGCCCUGACCAAUCUCACCACUCUAGACCUGUUUGGAGCGCGGGUGACUGAUGAGGGCAUGGCAGUGGUCAAGGGCUUCAAGAAGCUUCAGGUGCUGGAGGUGUGUGGGGGUGGCUUAACUGACAAGGGAAUUAAGGAGCUGGCCUCACUGCCUCGACUGGCCUCCCUGAACGUCUCUCAGAACCAGCGCAUCACUGAUGCCGGCGUGAAGGCUCUUGCAGCACUCACCUCUCUGGAAACCCUCAACCUGUCGGGGUCAGGUGUAACCCGCAACGGUCUCGCCCACCUGCUCGUCCUCUCCCGCCUCACCUCUCUCUCCCUGCACGGCUGCAAGGUGCACAGAGCGCACCUCAACCACCUGCUCGUCUCCCCCCUCUGCGACUGGGACCCUAGCCUCACUGUUACAGGCGUCAAUUAG